AUGCUGUGGGAAUAUAAAACAAAGUUUUCCAAAGAUCAACAGUUUGAAAAUAAAGUCAAAGACAAAUUUUGUGCUGCUGAUUUAAAAAAGGUAAGUCAAUAAAUUAAGUCACUCACAAGACUAUAGUAACAUCUACAAUGUAGUAAGUGUCCAUAAUCUUUUAUUAAUAACAUUAAUUGUGGGCAAGAAGAGGAGCCCGCAGACUAUUCUUGGUCAGUGGCACAUUAACUGUAUAGCAAGGUUUUUCCUAUCCUCGGAGUCCCAGGGGCAGUCAGUUGGGUCGGGAAAAAAGGCGGGACGAAAGUUUUCAAUUCAAGUAAGGGCGGAAGAGCCCCUGGGUAAUGACUCUCACCAAACUAUUUCGGAAAAUUCAAGCAGAUACCGGCUCCUGAUUGGGCACAAAAAAUGCUUUAUUGUGCCUAAUCGGCAAACAGUUUCUCCUACAUUCUUUUCGUGAGUUCCUAGACGACGGCUAUUGUCUUGCCACAGUUGCCCGGUUCAUUCACCAAGCUUGUGUAUACAAAGGAGACUUUUAUUCCUAACCAGAAACAAAGGAACCACCGAUGAGUUGAAAAAACGUUUUGGUUACUAUCAGCAAGAGCAAUAUUGAAUUUGCCCUGAGAAUGUUCUGUUUUUGACAGAUCAUAAUUGAGAUGCGGCAGUGAUGAGGCAGUUUGAAAAGUCCGGUGAGAGUCAGUACCUAGGGGUUCUUUCGCCCGUAAUGAAAACUUUCGCCCCGCCUUUUCUCCCGACCCGACUGACUGCCCCUGGGUCUCUGAGGAUGGGUUUUUCCAGAAUCUGUCCACAUUCUCGUGAUGUUUCUCUUCCUCGUACUCAUAUGCGUGGAACGUAACACCAGAUUGAAGGCCUUGGUGUUGAGUUUAAGGUGUGUCUGAUGUCAUGGUAGUCAUGUGAAUGUACAUGCAAGUGAUGGAAAAAUCAUUAUAGUUUUGAUUUGUUUAUAAUAUUGACAGUAAUUCAGGUACAGAAUUACUGUACUAAAAUGUGAGACUUUUCAAUUCAACUCAUUGCCCAGUGGGAAUCUAUUAUUUUUACCUAAGGGCAGGACAAAUUUCGUCAAGGUUUGAUUGUUAGAAAUCCAUGUGAAUGAAGUUUAUUCAGGCUUCGCUACAGCUGUACAUGGUUUUUAUAUUUUUAUACGUUCCCAAGUAUGUUACAGUGCUUGUCAACGGAAGCUUCAGUUACUUUAAACUCCAGUGGUUAACUAAGCUGUUUCAUUAUUUUCUGUUGCAUUAUCAAUGACCUUUGAUCAUUGAACACAGAUUGGAUAUUCGAUUGAAUAGUCACACUUUGUGCAGUCAUGACUUUAAAAUACAUGCAUUACUUGUGUCACGCAUUACUGUUUCAUUGUAUCUUUGCCUGCAAAUACAGCCGUCUCUCCUUGCUCCUUGAUGCUGGCUAAUUAUAAUUAUUGUAUCUAACUUGAGCAACUGUGAAUUAAAUAUGAGUCUUCUUUACUGUGUUGUUAAAUCCAGUUUCUUUGUUCAUGAUCUGGCUCGAUUCCUUUUGUUGACACUGGAACUUAAAGGGCUUUCUAUGACUCACAUACACAAUUAUAUGAAAGAAAGGGGUUUUCAUCAAUCACAUCUCUAGGUAAACCCACAUGUAACAAGCCCGCACUUCCAAUCCAACAGUUACUGUGAGCAUUUUUUUGUUAUUCAUUUAGACAAUCAUUUUUUUAUUCUUACAACACACUUCUGAGUCCUUACUACUUAAAUGUUUUUAAAACAUUUGAUAGUGCAAGUAGUGUCAUGUCAGCAUUAAUUUUUUUCAGUUGCUAUUUGUGUAAUUUGUAAUACGAUUGUAUUUUUUGUAAUUCAGUUACGGUUGUAUUUCAUAUUCACUAAUCAAAGUCUUCCAGCCCUUUUUGUGCUUUCUAAUUCUCUUUGCUGUCAGAGCCACAGACCAGCAUUACUAAUGUUCCGAUCUUAUGACAACAAAAAUAUCACCUUUCUGGAAAGGUGUUUAUAAUUAACAUUAUGUCUGUUAUAUUUUUAAGCUCCCUGAAUGUGCAGUGCAAGGAAAGAUUAUCCCAUGUUUACUUGAGCAUCGUCGGAAUUUAACUGUACCCUCCUGCAAGCAUAUGAUGACAAGAAUGCAAGCCAUUUUUUUCAGUGAUUAUCGUCUUAUUGAGAACUUCUUAGAUGAUUGUUCCAAAGAUGUGCAUAACUUUUCUUGUGGCCGACUUCAAACAGAAGAAGAUGAAGAGGUUUGUUUUUAUUAUUGUCUAGCAUGCGUUAUGGAUCGAAAGUAAAAAAAUCCUGGUUAGUAUUGUCUGGGAAGCACGGUGCCAAUGUUCUUGUGCUGGACUGCCAAUGCACUCAAUGAGAUAUUGCAUUUCAAAUUUCCCUUAAUCCUGAUUGCAAUUUGACAAUAGCUUUUUGAAAAGUCAAAUCAUGGAGCAUUAGUCAAAUCCUGGUAAACAGAUGGGGGCCCAGAACUAGGAUUUCAGUGCUUUUUCAAAGAUGGAAUUAACCAGAAGUUUAGUUCUGUCUGUGGUGCAGGCUAAUGAUUGUCUUUCGUUUAUGUUGUGGUUCAAUUCCACUGUUGGACUGAAUUUGUUUUUAUUUUGUGUUUGAUAUUUUUUUCUGAUAAUGAGUUUGAAAGAAAGGAUAAUUAUUUUAAACCUGGAAUAUAAUUGAACAUAACACAUACAUUGUCCAUUGUGACACCUGAUUAAAAUAAUAAUUAUUGUCAGGAAAGAAAAAGCGGUUUAAUAUGGAGACAAUUAUUAUUUAUUAUGAAGAGAAAUGAAGAGAAAAUAAUAACUUAUCAUGAAGAAGAAUUAUAUAAAAUUAUAUCAAAAAACAUUUUUUGUAGCUGAUCUAUCUUUUCUUAUUUUCCAGUUAUAAAGGAGUUUAUGUUUCUUGAAUUUAAAGCGGGGCAAUGCAGUAAUUGAUCCUGUUAUCAGUAUGAUGUAUGAUAAUCAUGCUUUUAGCCAGACAUUGAAAACUGGCCAUCCAGGAGGCUUGUUUUCCCAUAAAAUUAUAAGAGAUGAAGUGAAUUUUCCUUGAAUUUCUUCCAAAAAUUGGCAUCCAUAGGACAGCUGGACACCCGUCUGGCUAAAACCUUGAUGCUAAUUAAGUUUAAAUCUUUGUUCCUUUCUCAGGAUAUCCACUCUCAAAAUGAAGUACUAGAAUGCCUUGAAGAACACCAAGAAAAAUUAUCACAGCAAUGUCAGAAGCAAAUAUACAGACUGGCUGAACUGUCAUCAGACGACUAUCACUUAGAUCGUCCUCUGUUUUAUGCUUGUAAAGAUGACAGGGAGAGAUUCUGUGAACAGGUUCCAUCUGGGGAGGGACGAGUGUACAAGUGUUUGAAGAAACACAAGGAUGAAGAAACAAUGAGUGACGAGGUUAGGAUCGACUGUUCUGACUUACUGACUGCUUCAACAUUGAUGUUAUGUAUGUAUGUUUUAAUUCCACUGAUAAAUGUCUUAUUACAUGUUCAUUCGCUUAUCAUGUAUGAUACAUUGUAAUAUUGUACAUGUUGUAUCUAGUAUAACCAGGGUUCGAAAUUAACGGUUGUCCGGUUGUCCCGGACAACCAAAAUUACGAUGGGGCAACCAAAUUGUGCUAAGUGGUUGCCCCUUGGGCAACCCAAUCUGUCGUGGCACUAGUCCUUAAUGAAGACUUGAUAGAUUUGAAUAAAUAUAACAGCUUGUUGUCUUUGGAGAGUAAGCGAUACCUAAACUAAGUUAGUGGAAAGAAAAAAAAAACGCGGAAGAAAUACUAAAGUAUCACGUACACUACCGUUGGAAACCGAAGUUCGUUUUUGCACAACAUUCUUAUUUGAAUGAGCCUGUUGUGCUUUAAUCAGCGGUUGGUACCAGUAAACAUAGUCCAUGAUGCACUAGUGAGAUCCGCUCCGUGAUGCCGCCAUGUUUGUUUCGACGAUGGCAAUUUACCAUUCAUCUUAUUAUUAUCAUCUUAGUUAACAUGAGCCUCUUCCGCUACUUCGGCCGUGAAAAAGUGAAGGCCGUUGGCGAUAACAACAAUUUGGAAGCCACGAAGAAAGAUGAUGAUCAAAGCAAUGCUACGGGUGUCGCAAAAUCUACAGCAGAAUUAGGCGAGGCGCAAGAAAGUUCAAGAAAAACGUGUCGUACAUUUCAAGAGUCGUGGAAGACUAAAAGACCCUGGCUGAAAUUUGACGAGAAAGAAAACGCUAUGUUUUGCAGUUAUUGCAGACAGUUUUCGAAAGAUAAAUCUGGCUUUGGGAGCGAAAAAACAACGAGACACAGGCUGGUCAAAAAAUUUUAUUAAGAUACUCUUGAAUACAGUUCACUGUAUUUGUAUUUCAUUUUCUUGUUCAAAUUAAUAAAAGCCACUGUUUAGCUACCUGUAUUAGUUUCUUGGCUUGAAGUGGAGCAAGAACUUGGACAACCAAAAUAUUCUAUGGGCAACCAAACCAAGUCUUGUGGUUGCCCCAGGGACAACUGGACAUAAAAGUAAAUUUCGAACCCUGAAUAACCAUUUGUUUGAAAAAAUUUGUUUGCUUUUGAUUCAAACUUGGGUCUCCAAAAACAAAGGAUAAUGAAAUAUGAACUGGUGAAUUGUACACUGUACGUGACAGUAUGCGUCAUUGUCACUGAAGUGCAUUUAUAUGAAGACUUUGUUGUUUCCUGUAGGUAGCCUACAUGCAGAUCCUUCCUAUUUUUAUUGUUGCACGGAGAAAGGGGACCUUUUCCGUGUGCCAAAAGAGUAAAUAGAAGAUAUCUGCAUGUGAUGUGGGUAGUUGUGUAGGCUACAAAUUAUGUUACUUUGUAUGCUUGCAUGCUCAUUGCAUCACUUACAUGUACACUUUAUAAUGUGCAUUGCAUUGGCAAUGCCAUAAUUAUUUCAUAAAAACAAGUUAAAAACAACGCAGGCAAGAAAGAUAUGACAUUUCAGUGUCAUCUUGACGCCAUUUCCAAGUUCAAAAUGCUUGCUGAUAAACUGUCACAAAGGUUUUUUCUGGCGAUGAUUAGCAUACAUGAAAUAUGCAAAAGUCACGCAAAAAGUUUUUCUCGGAUUGAGUCCGAUUGAACAUGUAAAGAAGACGUUAGUUCCCUAAUUAGCAACAUUUCGCGCACUAAACAAUCAAACUUGUCAUUGCACUUCUUAAGGACAGAGAACUGUUUUUCGAGAUCUUUCGGGACAGUAGAGUGUUUGUCCUUAUUGUGUUUGCCAAUGGAAGAAGAAACAUUCUUUUGUUCAAUCACUCACGUGCUGAUGUAAGUGCCUCAGUGUAUAACCCACAUAACUUGCAUCACACAUUAGUCACAUUGAAAAGAAUAAACUACACACUGUUGGUUCACAGUAGGUGGUUUUUUCUUAUGAACUUAGUAUCUUAAAGUUUCUCAUGAACUUGUUAUAUUAAUUAAUCAUCAUAAAGUUUGUGGUUGUUUCCUGAGUUUUAUGUACAGUAGUGCUAUGUAACAUAUAUUUGUAUAGUAUUUGCUGUCACUCUUUCUCUUAAGUUUGUGAGGCCCUGUUGGGGUUAAAUUCCGACAAGCAACAUUAGGCCCUUAACCCUUUAAGCCCCAGUAUAUAUCCACAUACAAAUUCUCCAAACUGAUCUCCAUACAUUAUAAUUCCUUUAAGAAUUAGUUGAGAGAAUUUAAUAAAACAUCAAGGCAUUUUCUCUUUAGUGAUCAUUUUUUAUAUUCUUACAACCUUAUCUCUUGACAAUGUAUGGACAUUGUUAGGAGAAAAUUGCUGUUGGUCACUUUUGGGACUUAAAGGGUUAAACAGGAACAUAGGACUAGAUGAAAUGGUGACAAUUGACGUUAAGAUUGUUUAAAUACGGACAUGAACAUGGCCUACAUAUACUCCUCAAAAUGCGAAACAACCAUAUUUAAAAUUCAAUUUAGGAACAUACACUGUACAUACCCCUUUUCCCCCCUAAAAGGGCCUUGUUUAAUAACAAUCCUGUAUGUUAUGUUGCUUUUUUCUUUUAGUGUAGAGAUAAGUUAACUGAGCGACAGAAAUUGGAGGCUAAAGACCCUAAGGUAAGCUUUUGCAUAUUAUUUUAUUAUUAAUUUUAUACACAUUGUAAUGAAUAACAAUUAUGAAGAUUUUUAUGAAGAUUUGCCUUUUGUUAAUAAAUUAUAAGUUUGAAACUUGAGAUUUCUUACCUUCCUCAGGUGAAAAGUUAAACUUUUUAAUGUAACAAAGUUAGUUGUCCCUCAAGCAAUCUUAUAAAUAUAAUUUAUGCUUUGUGCAUUAUCUAGGUAUUGCCACUUUCCAGAGUUAACAAAUCCUUCAAGAGAUGUAGACAUUAAUAAUUUACGAAGUGACACCGAGAAGUGAAGUGACAUUGUGUUUUUGUUUUACUCUUUCCACAAGGCCAACUAUCCUCUGAUGAAAAACUGCCUAGAGUUCUACCGCCAGUAUAAAGACAAAUAUGAGUGUGAGAGAGGCAAAACAAAACAUGGAGCCUUGGCAAACAUUCUUCUGUGCUUGGAGAAAGCUGUAGAAGAUGGUAAUUAAGAUGUUACCAUAUUUUGUUUGGUCCAAAAUCGGGGUGUGUCUUAUAGCCAACUAUUUUCAUGAAAUGAAAGGCAAGAAUGUCGUAUCUUCUUACUUUAAAGUGGUAUUUAAAAAAAUAGAUAAAUUCAAAGCUUAGAGUAUUGGUUAUUGACUUUACUCGACUUGGUGGUUCUGAAAAGAACCAGGUACCUGUAGGUUCUGAAAAGAACCAGGGUGGCUCUAAAAAGAGCCACUGCUGCUGGUACUUUUUAUUCUUCUUCUUUGCCUUCGCUGUUGGUCUCAAAUUCAUUGUCGACAACCUCCUCUGCAUCUUCCUUUUCAUUCUCUUCGUCCCAAACUGCGUCGUGUUCUGGCUGUCACCAAAUUGUACCACCAUCACGUCAUUUCCAUUGUACUCUUAUCGGCCAUAACUGUUGACCAAUCAGCACAUGAGAAAUUUCUUAGUUUUUGUAAAAUGGUAUAUUGGAAACUGAAAUAUUAGAGAGUUGUUAGAACGUUCAUUUCAGGCAAUCAAAAGCUGCAAUAGUUAAGAUUUAGAACUACAGCUGUAAAACAUACACAGUGGGACCAUGUGAUCUAGUUGAUUAAUAAAUGUGUAUAAUAAUUUUCUUUUUUGCCAUGUUCAGAUCAGAAAGUGAGUGGUAAAUGCCAGGCAGAAAUGUUUGAUCUGAGGCAGCAACUGAUGGAUGAUUACUCUAUCAAUCCUGAGAUUGUGGCUAAAUGUGAUUUGGAAAUUCAGAGUCACUGUCGUAAUGGAGAAGAGAAAGGUGGAAAAACCAUCGAUUGUUUAAUGAGCCUUGCUGAGGAAAAUGAAGGCGAGAAUAAUGUGAUCAGAGCAGAAUGUGUUGAGGCUGUAAGUCAAUAAGUACAUGAUUUUUAAACAAUUGAAAAUAGUGUUAUUAAAAUGUAACAUUGUAGCUUACUUUCAGAUGGCUCUUGCUCUAUUGAGAAAGGAAAAACUGACUGAGAUGAUGUCAAGGCAGGCAAAUUACUAAAUUCAAUGCAUAAAAUUCGAAAUAGUCAUUCGUCAAAGUCAUAGUCAUUCAUACAUAGUUUUCUAUUCUCCAUUUUGUGCGAGCAUUUUGACUGUUUAUUUUCUCUAAAGAGCACUUGUCUCCUAAGCAAUGAAAGCCCAUGUUGGGUGUCAGUUAUAUUUACUGGGUGGGAGAUGAAUGGUGGUUGACACGUUAGACCAGGUGUGGAAGUUUAGAACAUGGCCAUUUUUUUGUGUCAUUUAUAUGUACUUUGCAAGAAAAGUUACUUCAUUUUCUGUCUUUGCCCAGCUGUAUUAUGGGCAUGGUCAUUAUCAAUGCUCAAGGCGGGGGCAGUAAACCGUUUGCCCAAAAAAUUCUCACAAGUUUCCCAAAUUUUUACGACACAGUUGAAAAGAAACAAGGGUCAUAAGAUGCAACAACAUAGGCCUACGAUGAAGUGAAAAUAUUCUUACAUAUUGCAAUGCUGUUGUAGGGUUCCAAAGGAGUGGCAUCUCAUCAAUGGUAGGAUUAGGUGGGGAGGAGGGGUUGGGUCAGUUCUUCAUACAUUUAUUGAAACUCAAAUAAGCCAUGGUCUUUUAAGUAAUUGUUUAAAAUUGCCUCUUUUUAUUGGAUGUAAGUGAUAAGGAAUAAGAGUGUAAUUGUUAAUGUAAAUCAAUUUAUGUCUUCAACUCAUACUAAAACAGUGGCCAAUGGUUAUACUAUAGCCUUUGGCUAGGUACAUAUUCAUGUACUCUCUAGUAAUUUUUUGCGUUUGGCAUCUUGCAGAUGAUGAUUAAUUUUAUUGAUUGAUGUAUAUGUUGUAGUUAGUUUUUUAUCGCAGGUAAUUUUUAUUUUUCUUUUGUUUCAACUUCAUCAGCAUACAUUAUCAUACCCAGAAACAGAAGAAAAAUAAAAAUUAUCUGAGAUAAAAAAUUAACUACAACAUAUACAUGUAUCUGUAUGCGCUUUUUAAAGCAUUUUAACUUAAAUGUUUCAUUCAGAUUUUUUCUACCUCUGAAGUAAUUAAUUUAUAAGGUUACAGUGUUCUUCCCCAAAAUUUAUUAGCUCAGAGGGGCACUUUCCUGAGGGGGAGGAGGGUAGUGGAGUGAGGGACGUGGCCCCACCCUAAGAGGAGCUGAGUACUUUGAAACUUUAUUCCCUCAUUUUAAGACCUAUUUUAUGCAAAUCGGCUGUUGUUAUCUUUGGACAACCAUCUAAGAUGUUUGAUUCCAAUAAUUUGACUCUGUCUUCAAUGUUCUCCUUCCAAAGGGCGUGGCCCAUUAAAGGAAAAGCUGUGUCUACUGUAGUACGUACUUUUCCAUGUAUUUUUUCAUUUCCUUGAUUGGAUCGGAUCACAAUUUGCGAAUUUUUUUAAAACUACUUAGUUAAUUUUAGUAAACCUUUAAGCAGUUACAGGCGGUAAGAGUGGUUGCUUCAUGCGGUAAUUUUUACCAUUAACCGUCCGGUAAACACUGCAUCCUUAGAUUUAUGAGCCUGUUGUUGAAAACAAAUGGGAAAAGAUACUGUACUGGAAAUUGCUGUUAAAAACAGCUUCCAUCUGAACGGUUUUGAACGAUUACUUUGGGGAUUUGUUACAGAAAGUUAAAUAGUAACAAAUUAUAGCACACUCCAAACCGCACUGUGGUUAAGAUUUCCAUGAAGAUUUGGCUUCUGUUGCCGUCCCACAAAGUUUUUGACAUUGUUUAAGAUAUGUUUUCUAAAAUUUGUUGAGCUUUGAGGGAAGACAUAUACUGCAGAAGCAGGUUAAAAAUCCAAAAAGCUGGAAAGCAGAGUCACACCUUUACAAGGCUCCAAUAAGAUUUUAUAUUGCUGUUUACAAGGCUCCAAUAAGAUUUUAUAUAAUCCUGUUUACAAGGCUCCAUUAAGUAUAUAUAAUCCUGUUUACAAGGCUCCAUUGAGAUUUUAUGUAAUCCUGUUUACAAGCUCCAAUAAGAUUUUAUAUAAUCCUGUUUACAAGGCUCCAUUAAGAUUUUAUAUAAUCCUGUUUACAAGGCUCCUUUAAGAUUUUAUAUGAUCCUGUUUACAAGGCUCCAAUAAGAUUUUAUAUAAUCCUGUUUAUAAGGCUCCAAUAAGAUUUUAUAUAAUCCUGUUUACAAGGCUCCAAUAAGGUUUUAUAUAAUCCUGUUUAUUGCUUGACUCUAUUUUCAAACAUCUUGGUUUUUAAGUGUGCAUGCAUGGACUUGUGGAGCCACUAGUUGCAAUAAUACUUCAGUCGGUGUAUCUUGCUUUGGCUUAAACUGCCUGUCCAUGAUCUUGUACUUGUGAUCCCCUUCUUCCCCCUUUUCAAAGUUGCUAGCAAUACAAGGUCAUGCUCAAAAUUUGGAGGAACAACUUUAAACGGAGGGAAGGAAGGGGUUAACUAUUAUAUCUCACAAUGUGAUAAGCAGCACUUUGAAGAAAGAAAGGCCGGUUUUUCGUCGGCGUGUCUCAUUGUUUUUGCAACUGGUUGUAACUUCUAAUAAAAACUAGUGGCAAUCGUUGUGUGAUCUUUUUUUAUACUUUGUUUGAAUUGACUUAUUUUUCACUCUGAAAUGGUAGAUUGAGACACUCUUGGAAGAGACUGGAGCUGGUACUGAUUACCGCAUCGAUCACACUUUGUAUGCUGCUUGUGAGCCUGUUGUUCAGACUGUUUGUAAAGAUAAAGGCAAAAAGGAAGGAGAUGUCAUGUAAGUUGGGAAAUGAUCUUUGUUUGCACUUUAAGUAUGUUACAACAUUUAAUCUAGGUGUGGUCAUUUUGCAAAAAACAUGCUUUUCUGUAGUAAAAGUCCUUUUUCAUUUUUAAGGUAUGGGUUUGUCGCCUAGUAAGUUACUAUUGAUAAUUCUUAGAGCUCAGCAUCCAGUGGAAAAUAAAACCAAUGAAGGGUUCCAACCCUCUUAGACUCCUCCACAACCCUCAAAAUUCCAGCCUGACAGGUCAUACAGUUGUAAGUCACUUGGUUAGGCCAGUUCAUGAUUUGAACCUUUAUCAAUUAACAAGUGAGCUAUGAAUACCCAUGUAUUGGGAGCAGGCCAAUUUGUUGAGUUCAUAUUAACCCAUGAAAGGAAUGAAACAUACAGUGAAGAUGAAGAGUUCAGCUUUAAAUAUAUUGAAAGCAUUACCUACAUAGGGUAUUUUGUGAUGUUUGCAAAGUCUUAUGCCUGUCUUUACUCUCGUUGUCUUUCUUGUUGUUUCUCAAAUAGUUUUUCGAAUUCUAAAUUUUGAUGGUGUUCUGCUUAUGCUUACUGAGAUUUACCCGGAAAUGACUCGAUAAGCGUGCUAUUUUUCGUUACCCCUUCCCUUUCUAACAGUCAAAAUGUUUGAAGUGUAAAUGAUUAUCUGUAGGUUGCACACAAACUUCGGUGUAAGAUGCUGGGUUUCCUACACACUGUAUAUAUCCUUCACGGGGUCAGUAAUACCCUUUAUGAAAUGAAAUGAGUUACCAAGGGUUACUUGGCCAGUUUCUAAUACCCCCUCCAAUAAGCCCUCUAUCCUCAAAUUGGUUUAAGAAUAAGCCCCCCAUAAGGCUUAUUAGCGAGAUUGCAGUGUAUAACAAGAUAUGAAAAUUGUCUCCCUUCAACAGGGUCCUUUCGUGCCUCAUGGAAAAUCUCCACACUGACAACAUGAUUCCAGAGUGUGAGGAACAACUGUUGCAUCUGGAAUUCUUUAUUGCAAGAGACUUCAAGUAAGCGCAUAUUGCUUAGUCAUGUGAGGUUUUGAGCUUUGGAUCAUAUGAUCUAGGUUUGUCAUAUGAUUGUAAGACGUAUCUGAAUAAUGCAGUGGGCAUCCAUCCGGGAACUAAAAACGAAGGUUAACAAAAGGAAAUUAUCAUAUGUAUUAAAUUUUUUAACUUUCAGUUUUGUAAAUAAGUUUCUACUAGAGUUGUUAAAAAAGUAAAUGAGCAUUAAGUUGUGCUGACGUUCAAUUAUGUAUUGAAAUCGUCUUUGGUUUGCAUUGGUUGAUGAACUAAUUAUGACAAUGCAGACGCCAGGGCAGAACAGUGGGUGCAAAAGGGAACAGUGAAUAGAAAUCCUGAGAUUCAUGUGCAAUGUCUUACUCCUUUUUCCGGCCUCACCAUCAGCUCACCCUGUCUGAGACAUGAAAGCUUUCCCAGAAACGUAUAGUGAUCCCUUGCAUUAUACGUUUCUGGGAAACUACCCACCCACCCCUCCCCUAAGCCAACAUUAACACUUUCUUCCCACUUAGGGCAAAAUGUUGGCUUAGGGGAGGGGUAGGUGGGCAGUUUCCAGAAACGUAUAGUGAUCCCUUGUAAUAAAUUUUUUUUUUGUAAUAAACUAUUUGCCUCUUUCAUCAUUGACCUACUUUAAGUGGCUGUUGAGAAAAGAGGAACCCUUGAAACUUUUUGCAGGGUAGUUGUGCUUGUAGGCUGUGGUGUUGUUUAAAAUGUUUGCAAUAAUAUAAUGAAAUUUGCAGACUAUAAAAUUGUGCUGAAUAAGCUUUUUUCUGUGUUUUAGGCUUGACCCAGAAGUAAAAAGACUUUGCAAAGACGAUGCCAAAGCAGUUUGUGGUGCUUCUUCCUUAGAUGACCAGGAGUCAUAUCCCAACAGCUUAGUGAUAUCUUGUCUUUACAGGAAUUCUGUUCUGGACACGCAAACCAAGGUAAAGUCAAACCUCCUUAAUACAGACGCAACAUUGAGACACAUGUGUGUCAAUAUUAGAACAGUCCAUACUGUCUAAUGAAAAAAUAAUGUGAGUUCAUGAGCAAGCGAGAGCUCAGGAUGGCCAGAUAUUGGUCAAGUUCUCUUUUUGGAUGUUUUUGUGGACAAAUAUCGUCUUCUCGUCUUUUGAUCUCCUGUUAAAUUCUCACAUUUUACGUUAGCACCAACAGAAAACAAUUAUUUUUGAAGUUUCUUGGUGUUGUGAAAACCUGUUGUGUUGUAUUCAGCUCAUUAAGGGAAUAAAAAUCUUUAACUUCAUUGUUUCAUGCUAAGAAAGUUCUUAGAUUUCACUCAGGUUAUAUUUAUUAAAACAGCUACAAAAGCAUUGAAGAUACUGCGCUGAUACGACGGUCUCGAUAAAAACAAAGAGCGUGGCUUUGUCAAAACUGUUUCCUUAAUAGGCUGAUGUAGCAACCGAACGGGAACGUCGGUUGACGACGGGAAAGCUUGCGGAAAGAACUAAACGCGACUUCCGGUGCCCAAUUUGUUGCUCUGCCAUUGGUCAAACCAGUUGUUUGAAUUGCGCGCGCCAUCGUUCACUGAAUCGUGCAAACGUCUCCCCUUCCCAACGCACAAGUUUCCUAAUCCUCGAUUAUUGCUAGUUAAUGUUUUUAUUCCAUUAUAAGUGUUUUACAGAUGAGUAUUGAUUUAUUUUUCACCUAGGUUUCACCUAAGUGUGCCGCUCAUGUUCAACGAGUGAUGCACCAGAGGGCUGUCGAUGUUCAUCUUAUGCCUGAGAUUCAGAUUGCCUGUGUUCAGGAUCUUGGAAAACACUGUAGUGAAAAGGUUGAGAAAGGAGAGGUAAGAUUAGUCAUUGAGAAUUGUAGCUUACAGCGGACGUUUAGUAAGUUGGAAUUGUAAGCAGAAAAAAAUUAUUUGUCACUUCUGAGAGUGAAAGGAUUUUGGUGUCCUGACAAAAUCAAUCUGAAGCCUGAAAAUUUUUAGAAAACUGUUUCUGAUAAAUGGUAUGAACACUGUAGUGAGGAGGAUGCCGAAUAGAGUCAGAGAGAAGCAAAAAAUCAGUAGUGACGAGUUGGACGUGAACCAUGCCAUUUACCAACAAAACCUGCACAUUGUCGGAAAGGACGGAGGGAUAACAGCACAUUCGCUACUUUAGAAGCGAGGAGACUGGGUAGGGUUUACUUUCGCAAAGUAUUUCGUAAGGACUGUUACUAUAGCUCACUUCGGAAAAGAGUGAUAGCCUGGGAGCCAAACUAAGCUCGCGUGCAUUUAUGGGAUUGUUUGGGGGGGACAAGUCGAGCAUGGCGAGCCACCUUGAAUUAUGACGAGACAUGCAAGUUGUUGUGCGGCUUUACAAAUAACUUCAGGAACUCCCCUGGUCUGGCAUUUUAUAGAAUACCAAAGUCAAGACUUUUCCAGCGAGAAUAUCAGCAGAAUAUGUACGUUUUCUUCGAAACGCUAAUUUGAAGCUGUUUCACUGUGCAUUCUUCUGGUUUUUCUCAAGGUAAAAUCACCCUAGGAACAUCUUCUGCCUUCAGCUUUAGCUGUUUUAAUUUGGUUAAAUGUAAUUUAACUAAGUUUAAGCUUAGCGGCGAAGCGGUCCACAAGCUUAGCGGUCAAGCGGUUCAUAAGCUUAGCGGUCAAGCGGUUCACAAGCGUAGCGGUCAAGCGGUUCACAAGCGUAGCGGUCAAGCGGUUCACAAGCUUAGCAGUUAAGCGUUCCACAUGUUAAGCGGUCAAGCGGCCCACGAGCGUAGCGGGCAUUCUGCGGUCAAUCCCAUAAGUGCAGGCUCACAUGGUUGGUGGUAGCUUUGUACGCGGCUAGGAUCUGCGAGUUCUUCGUCAAGCGUUUGUGCAGUGGUCAGUGGAGCGGUUCAUUUAGCGUCUUUCGUCUUUUUAGUGAUCUCUGGAGCAGCAGUCCUAAAGUGUGCUUUUUUUUGCAUCCUUUUUCUUUUAAUUAUUUUUCAAAGCGUGCGUGUCGUCACGUUCGUUCAGGAUGCGAACCACGAACAACAGCUUGUCUACUAUGUAUUCUCCUGUUACCGCGUCUUCGCCUCCUUCUAGCGGUUGUACCCCAGCUCCUACAGUUAACACCCCAGCUUCACCGCCAAGUCAACCUGUUUCCCUACCGGACACCAACGCGUUAGCACAGGCAAUUUCAAGAACACUCGCGGAAUCGCUCCCUCCGUUGCUAUCUUCCCUUCGUGAUUCAAGUGGCGGGAACUCAAACAUGGCCGCAACGUCUGUUCCUCUCUCCUCGGCGUCGACUUCUACCCAGUCUCCGGCAUCCUCCAGCUCCGGUACCCCCGGCUCUACCUCCCAGUCUUCAGGUAGGCUUGUUGUGCCCUCAUUUAUUUCAACGUACAGCUUAUCUGGCGGUCCUUCGGUAGUCUCUUCUCUUCCCUCCACGUCCUCCGCCAACUUGCCUGCAGUGGUUGGGGGCUCUUGUGGUGGCGCAACCGGAACUGAGUCCUCUACGUUUCCAAACCUCAACAAAGCAUUUGUGGUGGGUCUUGGCUAUGCUCCAGUCCCGUACAAGCUUGUUUCUAAAAUUACCGCAGGGCUUUUUGUAGACUUGGCUGACCUACUUCCGGACAAUAUCCGAGCUCAAGAAAUCGAACCCCAAGCGUUUUUGGAGGGAAAACAGGUGGUAUCAGGGUCGAAGAAACGGGUCAUCGAAAUAGCAGACAUCAUCACCUGGAUAGAAGCCUUCACAGUCUUUUCUGAUUCUUUGCCACACCUUCCCCUCUCGCUGGAAAAUUUAAAUCAGUACAAGUUCGUCGUUAUCCCGACAGCAAGGCGCUUUUCUGCCGAAAAGAAGCCGCAGCCUCAGGUUCAACUGUCUGGUCUCGCAUGCACCCAGACCUCUACAACUUUCACACCAGAUCUCCGGUUACCACUUCAGCUGCUUCAGGUUCCUCAACUUCCUCUUCCUCAUCACUAACAGAGCCUCUUGGGUCUCCAGGCAAUCCCCGGUCUAGCCAGUAUUGCCACUCCUGGAACGAUGGGCGCUGUCGCUGGCCCUUUGGUCGCUGCCGGUUUCGUCACUCCUGUGAAUCGUGCCACGAGGACCACCCCCGCAUCCACUGCCCUCACCGGUCCUAACGGAGAGAACGGUCCCGCUCCCCUUCUCAGUCAAAGGGGGGUCUCCGCCGUCGCUAGGCCACCUCUAGCCAUUCAGCUGUAAAUAGUUUUGUUUCUGUUCACGUUGGUUCUCAUGGUAACUUUUCAGCGUUAGAGUUGCGUUCUCCUUUUGUUUUACCUUCUCAGCAGCAGGGUCUGCCAAGUUCCGGUUCUUCGUUGUGUUCUCCUGCUGUUUGUCCUUGAAGACCAGUUUCUCAGCUUACAUUCAUUAAUGUGGAUAGAUUCCAGCAUGAACUCUGUCAUCAUCCUAACCCAGACAAAGUUGCAUACGUGGUCCAAGGCCUUCGCGAUGGUUUUCACCUAUGUUUUAAUUACAGUACUUCCCUUAAUUCGGCAACGGGGAAUAUGGCUUCAGCACUCCUGAACCCUCAGGUCAUUGACAAUUACUUGCAAUCGGAAGUUCAGACAGGUAGGGUGGCGGGCCCCUUCGCCCAGCCUCCCCUCCCUGUUCUCCAUGUGAGUCGUUUCGGCGCCAUCCCCAAACGCUACCAACCUGGAAAAUGGCGUCUUAUCCUGGACCUGUCUAGCCCUGCGGGCCACAGUGUCAACGACGGAAUUGCGGGCAAGGAUUAUUCUCUGCAGUACAUGAAGGUAGAUGACAUUAUUGCGGGCAUAAUGCGGCUGGGGCGGGGUUCCCUUAUGGCGAAAUUUGAUGUGCAAAAUGCAUACCGUAUUGUGCCAGUCCAUGCAGAAGAUCGCCAGUUGCUGGGUAUGAAAUGGCGUGGUGCCUUUUAUGUUGAUAUGGUCCUGCCUUUUGGUGUCUGGUCUGCUCCAUACAUCUUCACAUGUGUAGCAGAUUUAGUGGAGUGGGUGGCCAAGCAAAACUAUGAUGUCACCUUCCUGGUGCUUUACCUUGAUGACUUCCACACUCUUGGCCCUCCCGGCUCCUCUGUCUGUCAACACAAUCUGGACAGGUCAAUUGACUGUUUUUCUAAGCUUGGCAUCCCCCUCCAUCCAGACAAACUAGAAGGGCCAUCGACGUGCCUAACCAUCCUGGGCAUUGAACUCUCUUAAUCUGCUGGCACGCCUUCCUCAGGACAAAUUUGAUAGGAUAACUGCCUUGUUGUAGGAUUGGUCACAAAAGCGUUGGUGUAAACGCAAGGAACUGGAGUCUCUCAUAGGUCCCCUUCAGCAUGCCUGCAAGGUCGUACCCCAAGGUCGCUCAUUCUUACGCCGAAUGAUCAACCUGCUAUGUGCUUUUCGACGCGAUGACCACCCGAUUCGUCUCAAUCAAGAGUUCUUUCUUGACCUAGCCUGGUGGCAAGAGUUUUUCCAGUCUUGGAAUGGUUGCAGCUUCCUUCAGUACCCCCAGUGGGCUCCACUUCCCGACUUCGAGGUUUCUUCAGAUGCCUCUGGGGCUCUUGGUUACGGAGCAGUCUUCCAGGUCACUGGUUUUCAGGUGCAUGGCUCCCAUCACAGGUCUCUCAGUCUAUCGAGUACAAGGAACGUUUCUCUAUCGUCGUGGCAGCUUACCUCUGGGGUCCCCUGUGGGCCUCCAAACGGGUCAACUUCCUAUCAGAUAACCGCUCAGUGGUGGACAUUCUGCGGUCUGGCACUUCAAGAGCCCCUACCAUCAUGUCCUUGGUUCGCUAUCUGUCCCUGUUGGCAGCUCGUCACUCCUUCUCCUUCACUGCCUCCCCAGUUAGAGGGAAGUCUAAUCCCAUUGCUGACUCCCUGUCUCGCUUUCAGUUUCAGCGCUUUCGCUGGUGAGCCCCUCCUGCAGACUCUAUUCCAACCGUAGCAGCUCCUCUCGGACUUGGAACUUCGCUGUCAGAUAAAUGCCGCUUCUAUUUGACUCAGGCUAGGAAAGUUAAUGCUUCUGCUAAACGCCGCUUCUUGGAUUUCUGUGUUCAGGACAAUAGCCUAUCUCCUUUGGGAUCAUCUCUUCCAGCCGGUGGAAACGUGCUCAUCUGUUUCUGCUGUCAUCUUGCUGAUACUCUCCACCAUUCAUCCAUAAAGGUUUACCUUUCAACAAUCCGGUCCCUUCACACUGAGGAGGGUCAUCCUUCCCCGCUGGUUGGUUGUCUUCGGUUACAGCGUGUGUUGCGGGGUAUUAAACGUCACCAAGGCUCCAAUAGGCGCCAGCGCCAACCCAUCACAAUCGCGCUGAUGCACAUUAUCUUCCAGUCCUUGAACUUCUCUGACUACAACCAUACAAUGCUUUGGGCUGCCUGCUGUCUCGGGUUUUUUGGUUUCUUACGCGCUGGUGAGUUCACCGUCAACUCCCCCUUCAACCUGACAUCCACCUUGCUGUCAGUGAUGUCCAAGCAGAUUCCCUAGUCAAUCCAAGCAGCUUCAGGAUUCAUAUUAAGUGCUCUAAGACAGACCGCUUUCGCAAAGGUUGCCAUAUUUACAUUGGUGCUGGUAAACGUGAUCUCUGCCCUGUACGCGCACUUACCUAGUAUCUACACGUCCGUGGCUCAACUCCUGGCCCCUUCUUCCUUCUCUCUGAUGUCACCUCUCUACGUCGCCAAUGGCUGACAUCCAAUAUUCAAUCUAUAUUCUCCGCUGCUGGGGUCCCUGGUUGCUACACCGGUCAUAGCUUCCGCAUUGGCGCUGCUACUUCAGCAGCCUCUCGUGGCUUACCAGAUCACCUCAUCAAGACACUUGGCAGAUGGUCCAGCGAUGCGUAUCAGAUCUAUAUUCACACUCCCGUCAGUACUAUCUUGGGGUAGCAAGCCUUCUCACUUGACAGGUGUUUCUUGGGUAUCUUUCUCUUUUCCUAGUUGUCCUUGUAGGGUGCCUCGGGACUUGUGUAGUUCGGGGCCAGGGCUUCCCCCAGCCCUGAGCCCCUCUUUCCCUCUCCGAUCUGGCUGCGUCAACUCGGAGAGUCCCUUCGGCUUGGAAUGGGGGCUCAUGGCUGGGAUGCGGGGAUUUGCCAGCCAUGGGGGCAGUUUUCUAUCUAGGGGCUGGCUGGCCGCAGGGGAAGCCCCUGGGUAUCCCAGGCACCCACCUUCCACUUAAGCGAGGCAGUUGGUUAAAUUUGGUUAAAUGUAAUUUAACCAAGUUAACCACCACGAGCUUAGCGGCCAAACGGUCCACAAGCUUAGCGGUCAAGCGGUUCAGAAGCUUAGCGGUCAAGCGGUUCACAAGCGUAGCGGUCAAGUGGUUCACAAGCUUAGCAGUUAAGCGGUCCACAAGUUAAGCGGUCAAGCGGUCCACAAGCUUAGCGGGCAUCCAGCGGUCAGUCCCAUAAGUGCAGGCUCACAUGGCUUGUGGUAGCUUUGUACACGGCUAGGAUCUGCGAGUUCUUCGUCAAGCGUUUGUGCAGUGGUCUGUGGAGCGGUUCAUUUAGUGUCUUCCCCCCCCUCCCAUCCCUAUUUUUCUUCCUUCCACUGUUUCAUCAGUGUGACGGGUGCCUGGGAUGGGGGCUCAUGGCUUGGUUGCGGGGAUUUGCCAGCCAUGGGGGCAGUUUUCUAUCUAGGGGCUGGCUGGCCACGGUGGAAGCCCCUGGGUAUCCCAGGCACCCACCUUCCACUUAAGCGAGGCAGUUUGUUAAACCCAGCUGAAAGAUUCAACUUCGCUUUCCGCCAUGUUUAUUUACAUUCGCUUCCCCCCCCCAAACAAUCCUAUAAAUGGGGGCGCGCCCAGUUUCGGUCCCAGGCUAUCACUCUUUUCCAAAGUGAGCUAUUAGGGCAAUGGAAUUAGAUAACAUCGGAUGAAGCCAGAGUUUUACACAACGCGUUAUUCUCCUAACGUAACGAGAGUGGAACAAAACCUCAUUCAACCUGGUUUCCAGGUUCUCUCUCCUACCUGUCGAGAGUUUGGUUGGGUCUGGUCACAUGGCUUCUAAAGAAAAUUAAAUUCUGAGGGAGGAGUCCUUUGCCUCACAAUUUUUUGUCUGGUUUGCUUUCACCGUUCCCCCAAUGAUUGCAAGAGCAAGAACGAGGUUGCACCCUUCUAAUCUUGUAAACCAAAAAUACUCCAGAUCACCAGUUAUGGAGAAAACAUACUAGAACGUUUUGAGCAAUGUGCAGUGAUUAGGGUUAAGCACUGAACCGAAAACGAUCAGCUUUCAAAAAUUGUAUUGGGAUAUGGCAUAAGUACAUGGAUAUUUUAAAAACUGCUGGAUUUGACAGCUGGUCCUCGAUGGUGUAGUAGAUAUGGAUGUAGGCAAUAAAGCAAAUGACCUGGGUUCAAAGCAUUACUGUGGAGUUUUUCUAUCUUAUUUUAUAUUACACAGUAAAGUUGUACUUGAAUUGUUGUUCAUGUAAUUUUACUGAAAGAAACAAUCUGGCUUCAGCCGGUUUUACCUAAUGCUAACCGGGCAAUGGCUGACCGGUACCCACCCCCCCCCCCCCUUAACAAUCCCAGGAACAAUAGACCUUAUUCACGAUGCCCGCCGUCUUUGCACGCGCUCAGGGACUGAUGGGAUAAAAACAAUGUCACGUGGUUUCUCAGGGGGCAAACAAGUGAAUAAAAUUGCCAGUGGAAGAAAUCGCGAUUGAGUUUGUUUAUUCUAGACAACAGGAAAUGAAGACCUUUUCAUCUUAAAUACGAUAAUGUCAAAAUAUGGGUGGAAGUGAUCAUUGUUACUUUUUUGUAUGUAGUACCGACCGUAGAUAUCCUCAUGCCAAAUAGUAAUGACGUAAAUCUGUAUGUACGUUUUGCCUGACUAUGAAGUCGUUGUCUCGUUUUGAUAGAACAAACAAACUCGACCGCGAUUACUCGUAUUGACAAAUUUUAUCACUUGUUUGCCCCCUGAAAUACCACGUGACAUAGCUUUUAUCCCUUCGAUCCCAGAGCGCAAGCAAAGAUGGCGGGCAUCGUGAAUAAGGUCUAUUGCGGGACACACUGCGGCACCAGAUCCUUUCUCGUUUUUAAAGUAGCGAAUGUCAAGGUAGGCCCAUCAUAGUUUAUGUCCUAAAUCGUAUGUAUGAAAACAGGAUAUGUCCUACUCAGGGCACUUUUCAUUUUUGGCGAAAAACCAUUUCCUUCGUGCAUACUAUUUAGGAUGUGACUGACCUGGCUGGAUAGUUUUGAUUAGAAGUGAAAUUCUCAUUACAACGGGAAUGAUCUGGCUGGUCAGUUCUGACAAAUGGAAAGCGCCCUCAGACUAUCUUUCCAAUUUUCGUUUCGUUUCGUUUUGUUUUUCGCGCUCUCACUCUGAGCGCGUGAAACUGGCUACCACAACUGUGAAGUGAGCAUCACGUCGUGAGUGUCGGACAGAGGGGAAUUCAGACACCAUGAAAGAACUUGAAGCUAUUAUGUCGUAGGUCUGGAGGAGGGCACAUCAAGUCCUUUAAUUAUGUAACAUCCCUGUAUAUACUGCAUACUGUUAGGGUUGCAUCCUUUUGUUGUUUAAUGUUAACAUUUCUGCUAUUAAAGAGACCAUCUUUGUGUGACAAAGCUCCCUUAUAUGCAUGCAUCAGUUUGUGACCCCUUUUUUUUUCAUGCAGGAAAAUCACAGGAUCCUCAGCUCCUGAACUAGCCCUCUCUCAGUUUUACAUAAUGAACAGUCCUUUAUUGAGCGUCAGUUGAGAAAUAUCUUUGAAUGGUUCUUUGAAUGUUUUCUGUUGUAGGAGAUACAGUGUUUGCAGGAAAAGUUUGAUGAACUUGGCGAAAAAUGUAAACAGGCCAUUGGCAAUUUCACAGAGGAGGAGGGCGAGGUUAGUAACCUUGUGGCAAAGUACCGAAAGUCUGCUGAGUGAGAUUUCUUGCACGAAGCGCGCGAGCCUCACACGCCCGUAAUCUCUCGCAGGGUAUCUAAACCACGUCGGGAUCACCGAAUUUAAAUUUAAUGCAAAAUGAAACUAAUUCCGUUAGUGAUAGUAGUAGCAGUAGCAGUGAUUUUGUUAGCUCUGACUCCUGCGUCCCUGACGCAUAAAAAUCCUCAAAGACGGCAUGGCAUGCGUCCCGUAGAACGCAAAGAUCGAUCGAUCGAUCGAUCUGAAGAUGUUUUUGUAGAGUAUCCCAUCAUGUGAUUUCUGUGGCUGUUAUUGUGGCUUUCGUUCAACGAAGCAUACUUGUUUUAGUCUUUUUUGUGCUUUAAAUAGAAGGACUAUUUUAUUUAAAUUUCAGCAAACUGCACCGAAGAGUUUUGGAGCCUGUUUUCAGAUGAAAUGUCUGGUUACAGAAAGGCCCAAGUAUUUUCAAUUUAGGACACAUUGGUUCUGCACUGGGACUCAUGAUUUUUCACAAGAUGAGUCCCGAGACUCACCAUAACUAUUUGUAACAAAAUCACUGCAGUGGCAGCAAUAGCAGCAGUUAUAUGAUCCCCUUGUGCAAUCGGUCCAUUACAUUUAUCAACAUUACCUUCUAGCAAUAAGAGUCAUCAGCAUCAAAUUUCUCCUCGUAAUAUCAAUACUUUAUAUGACAGAGUGGUCGCGAGAAUAAAGAACGUGAUCAAAGAAGAUGAAUUCAAUUAAUACUUUAACAAUUUCUCCCCACUUCUUGUAUAACAAAUUUCGAGGGGUAACAAUAGUCCAUUUUCGAGUUCGCUAUGACCCCUUAGCCUCUAUCUGAAGUAAUAUAUUCACAAAUUCCAACGAGAAAAAAACCUGUUUAUUACUCUGUCUAUGGUGUAUAUUCAAAUUUCAAACACUUGCUAGCCAGAAUUUCUGAAUAUUUUACUUUACGUCGAGGCUAACCCUGUAUGAAUGUGUCGUUAAUGUUUAUGUUCAGCGGUAAUUUUUAAUUCGAAACUGGACUAUUGGGAAUUUAUAUUUUGAUAUAAGGAUUUAAGGGGGAAAAUAUGUGCACCUGACUGGAUUAAGACCAUCAGUUGGGCGAUUGAUACCUAGACUUUCUAAAAGUCCUUUCUUUUCUCUGGUUGGUUAAGCCAUUUUAAAGGACUUUUCGUACCUGUUUGGCGCGAAAUUCGCCGUUCGAAAAUUCUAUCGGUGAUGUCAUGACAAUUUACCAAUAGGACAGUGAGUGAUAUUUUAUGCCGCUCCCGACACAGCUGAUGUCAUCCAUUCAGGCGAAAAGGCGGCCUUGAGACUUCGUCGCUCGCUCGGUCGCUGGGCGACCUCAUGCAUUGAAGCUCGCUUCGCUCACUUUCAAGAACUUUUGAGAGGUCCACUUGUAGCAAGUCUAAUAGAGGCCACACUCACACCAAUCUACAAUCAUGGACAAACGUCUUGGGACACUUUUGCGUUUCUGGGGCAUUUUCACACAGGUCCAACCCCUCCCCUCACCCCACAAACAAUGUUGGACGCGUGUAUCCAGAUUUUUUUUCGAGUUUCAACUUUGUAUAGGUUGGGGGAAGGGAGAACUGCAAGAAAAUUUCGAAAAGGAUGCACUAUUUUAAGAGGGAAUCGAGAAAUGACAGAAAAAUAUGAGUAUUGCAGUACUGUCCCAAGGACUUUUGUCCAGGAUUGUAGAUAUUUUUGUAACCGCAUAUCUUUUUUUACACGAACCGGUAUUCCGUCCAUACGAGACCAGUGAAUUCACUCACCGAAACCGCAUCUUUUUGAAGCCGCUUUCCAGACUGGUCUAGGGCCCCGUCCACAUGAUUCCUGGUAACAAAAUAAGUGAUUUCAAAUUGAAAUAUAGAGAGUUUCAUAUUCUGAGACGAGGACUACUGCGAGUCAAGAAUUUCUCAUUGGUCUGUAAGAUCCAACGACGCGGACGGCGACGAGAACGUCAAAAAAAAAACAAUGGGUUUCAUAACCAAAACAACAACUUCGCACGUGCAUCACGCCUUUUUGUACAUUUCUUUGCCGUUUAUGAAAAACUACGACGUGAAAAUGCCUAAUUUCACGUUUUAUGGAGUACGUAAACAAGCAACGACGAAAUUUUAUUUCUCUCUCUGAACUUGGAUAUGGUCCCUCGGAAUUGAACUCCGGGAGGGUUCGCCUACAUUUGACAAAGUAAGUGGAUUGGAAUAAUUGCGAUAAAGACUGAAAGAACACAAAUUCACUUUUUAGGCGAAGUUUUCGUUGCCGUCGCGUCCUUGGAUAUUAAAGUCCCCAGUACUAAGUAGUGCGCGCGCGCGAACCAACGUCAUUUUGGCCGGAAAAGGUGGUAGCCGUCGUCAUUCUACUACGGGUUUUAGCGAGAAUGUCGUAGUGGCGAGAACAAGGUAUCCAAUUUUAGAAGUUUUAUCAUCUUGCAACCGAGAAAGGGUUAAACCUUCUUCAAUAAAAAUAACCGCACCAAUUUUUCAGGUGGAAAAUAGCUAGUACAAUGAAGCUUUCCGGGUUGAAUAUUUUUCGACAAUACGCGAAAAAACUUUUAAGUAAAAUCUCGUACUCGUAGUCAUCCUCCGUUCUCAAAUCUAAAGCUCUCUAAUAUCCGGAUUCGCGAUGACUGGUCCGUAUAAAGGAGCAGUGUUAAGAGAAUAUUGGUCCUAGACGUCACUUCUGUGCUGAAGUCAUUAUUAAGUGUCUUAAAUGCUUAUACACAAAAUGCUCCGUAAAAAAGAUAGCACUAACCCGAACAAUAACUUUAUACUGGCGUAGCAUUAAAAGUCCAUUUCUAUUCUUCCCAUCCCUUGCAACAGAUCACAAGAAACCGUUUCAAUGCCUCAUAAUAACAAAUCUGGAUCGUUAUUUUUGGAAUUCAAAGAUAAGAUGUAGCUUUUUUAAAUGACAGCAAAUAGUGUUAUGCGGUGGUCGCCCCUUUAACCUAAACUGUGGAGAGACUCCUAGAAAGUUAAGCCAUUUGCUGUUUGAUUAACACCUUUUGCUUAUCUUGUAUAGGAUUAUAAACUCGAUAGAACAAUGGUGCGUGCCUGCUCUGGGAUGGUGACCAAAUUCUGUGGAGAUGUUGUCGCACAAGGAAACACUGAAGGAGUUCUGCCGUGUCUGGUUGAACACAAGAAUGAUCACGAUAUGGACGAGAAGUGUCGUGCUUCUAUUGAACAUUGGCAACUGGUAAGGAAAUAGAGUUAAUUAGCGAUGAUUGAAUUCAGCAGCGCAACUGACCAAGCGGUUAAAGGAGCUGUGUCACGAAAUUCAGCCAAAUUAGGUAUUACAAAAUGCCUGUUAAAUCCAAGAGAAACAUAAAAAUAACCGCCUAAAACAUUAAAGGAAGGUCGAAAUAACACAACAGAUUCAACAGAUGCUACGGAUGGGUAAAACUGAAGAAGAUUAAAACGGAUUGAAAAAAGGGUUUUUGAAAAGUGUUCAGCCUAAAAGUUUUUCAAAGUUGAUCUCUGCUGUUUGCAACUUCAAAAAUAAUGCUCAGGAGACAUAUUUUUUUGUGUCGAAUCUCUGACUUUGUCAUUUACAUGUAAUUUUUUUGCUUACUUUGAGUUCCAUUGCGAUUGACGGCGAGUAACUGGCAAAAUUAAACAAAAUGAUCUGGACUGCCGUGACACAGCCCAUUUAAGGCGCUGGAAUUGCAUUCCAGAGGCCCUGAGUUCAGUCCCCGCCCUAUCCCCAAGCUGGAUUUGUUCUCAGUAGUCGCGAGUUCCACUUCCUCGGCCACGCUUGUAAAUGGUGAGCUCUUUAAGCAAAACGACGCCAACGGCUAUGAAAACGUCACUUGAAAAGUAAAUCCGCGCUGAUUCAAACUUUAUCGAGCUUGUUCCAUCUCGUUCAAUUCGUCAAAUGCUGGCAAUUUUUUCUUGAGUUGAAUUCUAAAAGACUCUACGGAAGUUCAGGAAAAGAAAAAGAAAGUCGUUGUAUUGUACUCACGUCCUCCAGAAAAUGUGAAAUCACGCACUUUCACGUCGUAGUAGUGCAAUGACGGCAAAGAAAUGUGUAAAAAAGCGUGAUGCAUUUGCCAAGUUGUUGUUUUGCUAACCCAAACCUAUUGCUUUAUUGACGUUCUCGCUGUCGUCGCCGUGAUCGUUGCAUAAGCUCCCUAAUAGCAAAGUGAUUGCCUCCUGCCAGUUGGGAUUCGUAAUGUUUGUUUCCGUCCUAAUUUGAGUACCACAAUGAAAACUACUGGGUUACCGGUAAUUGUGCUACCCCUGUAAAGUCAUUUUUUUCAAUGAUAUGAAGAAUUAUAAAAUCAUGCAGAUUGAGGAGGGUUUUAUCCGCCAAGGCCGAGAGCCUUCUGCGAACAGAUAGUUCAUAGAUGUACCUAAAAAAUUCUUUAACAUGCAUCCCCGUUAUACCUCCAUCGAUGUCUGUACCUCGAUAAAUUCUGGAUUCAAAGAGAUGUUUAGUUUAGCAGAUAAUUUAUUCUUCAAAUAGCAGUGGUCUGUAUCUUGUUAUAUUUUAGGCAGUGACUGGGCUAUUUCUUUUUCGCAAAACAUGUAAAAUUUUCCUCCAUUAUUUUUCCCUAGCGCUACGUAAAUAGCUGAGCGUUUGUCUGCUCUGGUUUGGCUUAAACUAGCCUGUUCCAGGCUCCAAUGUGCAGAGAUUGGGAAAACCCAUCCAAAAAUUCGCGGAGACUACUCGGGUUCUAUUUUCUCUUGAUCUUUUCUUCGCGACGUCCUUACUAGAGACCUUUAGAUUCGGGGACGAGAACGGCUGCGAGUGUGAGAUUUGACUGAAGGUUUUUUCGCGUAUUCUCAAAAAAACACCGGAACAGGACACCCCGGAAAGCUUCAUUGUACUUGUUGAUUCACCAGAAAAGUUAGCACUGUUUUCUAUAUUGAAGGAGGUUAAGCCCUGCCCGCAUCACAAAAUAAUAAAACUUCCAACGUUUGAUAACGUUUUUUCGCCAUUGCGAUUUUCUAGCUAAAACUCGUAGUGGAAUGACGACGGCUCUGGCGUUUUCCCGCCAAAAUGGGGGUGGUUCGAUUCACGCGCGAGCACUACUCAGUAUUGGCAAAAUGUCAUACUCGUUGUUAAUGUUCUCGGCUUAGAAUCUAAAGUUCUAUAAUAUCUGAGAGGCUGGUACAGGAUAUGGGCUUAAGCAAUGUUGUCAUUUUCUCCAUUAGAUCGAAAUGAAAGAUUUCAGGUUUUCUGCUGAAUUUAAAAAAGCUUGCAAGAAAGAUGCGCAGCAGUUGUGCCCGAAAGUUACAAGCAAGUAAGUUACUUGAGGGUCCUCAAUGGGUUUUACGGGAUCGGGAUUUCUCUUAUUUGAACCUCGGAAUUCGGUAUUUAAAAGCAAAAUCGAGGCGAGAUUCGGUAUUGAAAGUAUGCGCGGGAGGUGGGACGCCAAAAAAACCCUCGGGAUUACGGAAUUGCACGAAAUUUUAAGUCGGGAUUACGAGAUUGAAGGACCCUAUUGGGGACCCUCUUACUUCAAACAACGAAUAGUUAGAAAUUACCGUGAGUCACGUCAUACACAAGUAGGUGGAUUAUACCCCGGGGGAUUGCUGGAUAUGUGUUCUUGGCCUUUCAGAAACGCUACCCCAUUAUAGUCUAUUCUGUUGUCAAUUGAGGUGUUGUCAAUUAACCCAUUCGCUCCUGGAGAUUUUGCCGAAAAACGCGUUUUGAAGCUGGUCGAGUGGUUUUGUGGUCACUGUCGUGCUAUAAAGAGCUAAAACUUACCACAAACCGGUUUACAGGUCGUACACUUGGCGGCCUUCUGAUCCAGAUGCAAAAUAUCAGCUUGCGAAGUUCGGGCAUGCGCAGAAAGCAAAAUUUCAGGUUUAAAAGUGACACAGCAGUCUUGACUUUUACUUUUCGCUUUCUCUCCUCCCUUCUUUUUUCGCCUUUCUUGCCUCAUUUUUUUUUUCUCUUGCUGGGCAUUUAGUAGGCUUCAUUUUGGUGGGAAGAGUUUUUAGGAAAGCUUUUAGGAUCUUAGGAUUAGGUGAAAGGAAAGGUAGGUGGGUAAUGGAACAAGAUUUUCAUGGAGAUUUUCAGGUCCUUGUCACGUGGUUUUUUGCUUCUUUCUCCGGUGUCCUUGACUGAAUUGUGCUCAUUCUGGUAUGGUUUGAAAGAUCUCUUCACUCUGCACAAGUUAGCGAACAAAGUUGUCCUUGACCGUUAAACCUGAUGACGUCACAAAGGGUAAAAAGGACCUGGAUCUGCACGGGCGGUUACGGGCGGUUCAGGGGCGAAUGGGUUAAGGUGGCAAUGUUUCUAAAUGCUUGUUUAUGGCGACGUAGUUUAUGCUCAAACUUGGGAGGUAUUGACCCUGAAAAACUGUAUCGAGCCACGUCAAGGACCCCAUCCGUUGGGGUGAGUAGGGAACUUAAGAUGGAGACGUUUUCGGGGCGACGGCGACCGGACUGGCAGAGAAAGCCUGGAACUAAGGCAGCCGUCGCUUCCCGUCAAAAAUAGAACAUUAAGAUCGCAGUGAACUCAGAAGGAUGGCGCCUUUAAUUAGAAGAAUACCGAAGAGGAAAAUAUGGCUUCACAUAAAGAAUUAAGAGAAUAAAUAUUUGCUAUGCAGACAACAUGUAUCGGAUGAAGAGUUUCUCGUUUUGUGGGAAAAUUAUGAGUCCAAAAAUCCCGAUUUUCCUCGGGACAGUUACGAUCCGUUCACGCUAAAAAACAUACGGGAUGCAGCUGAGUUCAAGGCAGAAUUUCGUGUUGAAAAUAAUGAUCUCCACAGGCUUGCCGAAGCCUUGCAAAUUACAGGAACAUUAAAAUGCUACCAAGGAACCGUAUUCUUAGUUUGGUAUUGAAAUAAUUCCCGGGAAAUACUUGCAUGCAACAACAACAACAACAACGGUAUCAACUUUAUUUCAGUAUUCCCACGCCGAGUUAGUACAUGGUAUUACCUACUAUUCUAUAUAAUUUUCAAUGCGUUUCAUUUAUACGAUAUUCUAACGAAAAGAGCGAACUAAAAACACACAAUUGAAAUAUCGGAGUUCAUAUUUUUUGUCUGGAUACUUUUAUUUGGCUCGUAGGAAAAUUUUGUCCAUGUCAAGCUCGCUUACGGUUGGCUGUUUGCCAAGUUGGAUCUUGACCGUGUGACAUGAAAACAUAGAAACAUUCAAAGAUGUAAGUUUAGAUAACAGAGCUUGGAAAUCGAACUUGAAAUGUGCCUCAAAGAAAACAAGGACAAUUUAAGAACGAUAAUCUGCAAAAUAUUGGUUGCUAAACGCAACAAACCUGAUUGAAAUGAAAGUUAAAUACUCACGUUUUCGCCACAACGCCAAACAGACCAGUUUCACGUCGCCGACGGGACCACGACGGCAAGGUGGUGAGCACGAGCAUGCGCAAUAUCCAACAAAUGAUGAUGUCACGUCCGGUUGAAGUUGCCGUCGCCCCGAAAACGUCUCUAUCUUAAGUUCCCUAGUGUAGUCCCGAACGGGACUGCUGUUGAAUCGCAUGACGCCAGUUUCGACAUCCAUAAUUUUUAACGUCGAACUGAGUCGUGUGGUGGUGUAGUUAUCAUUUAUAUCACUGACCUCCUCGGGCCCGGUUGUAAAUACCGUUAACUGUCGCUUAUAAGCCCUGGGCCUGUACAUCUUCGCAAGGGUUUUAUAAGGGGUUGUAAACGGAAGGGCUUAUAUCCAAGGGGGCUUAUAACUAUAGCAGUGCUGAACAAAAUAAGAUUUGCAUUUACUGGUUUUUAGUUAAGCUUCAAGCGUCUUCAACGUGGAAUUCGUUUCAGUACAAGCUAGAGGUUGCUUAUAGUAGGACGUAAUUUUUUGGGCUUAUAACUGGGAGUUAAUAUGUGGCGGGUUGUAAGCCGUAAUGGGCACUAGUUGGGCAGUUCUUUAACUCUUAAAUCCCAAUAUCCCCGUACAAUUCUUCAGACUGAUCUCCAUAUAUUUCCUUAAAACAUUACUGGAGGGAAUUUGUUAACAGAUACAUACAGUGGAACCUCGAUAUAACGAAGGGCCCAGGGACUGGCAAAAUGUGUUCACUGUAACGAAGUUAUUUGCUAUCUCUUUAGCCUAGAAACAAGUUAUUUUUUGCUAAAUCUUUAUGUAAAAAAUUCUGUACACUUGGCAAAUAAGAUAAAGCAUUAUAAGACAAGGAUGUUUCAAAAUUCAUGUUGGAAGUGCUUCAACUCUUCUUCGUAUAGGCAUUUUUACAUUACAUACUAAACUGGUACGCAUAUUUUAUUUAAGUACCUUAGAGGAAUAAGCUGAAUUUCAACAACUUAAAUAUCCUAAAUUUGGGCUGAUUGUCAUUAAUAAAAGAACCUAUUUAGGCUAACCUGGGAAAAUGCAGGGUCUUACUAGUGGAUUUUCACUGUAUUUAGACCAUGUGGGUGAAGUUAACAUUUCUUGUUUGAAGGUAUGAACUUGUGGAAUGCUUGAGUAAGAAGAUACGUGAUGCUAUCAUAAAUGAAGACGAACCUGAGGUUUCGGAAAAAUGUCGACGAGAGUUGAGGGUUGAGAAGGAAGAAGAGGUGAGCUUAAGGAGAUCCUUUCAUGUAAUUCAAGAUGCAAAGUGUCUGGCAGUGUUAAGCAUCGCAAUGCUCUGGACAAUCCUAACAAAUGCUUCUAAAAUUGAACCGGAUCCAGGCCUAAUUUAAAAGGGUUUAUAUGGAGUCAUAGGAGCACAACAGUGAUUAUAUCUCCCCACCAAUUUACAGGCUGGUUUUUGGCAAGAGGACAUUUUUCUCUUAUUAUUUCUGUAUGUGUUUAGCAACCCCAAAGCUUUCUAGCAAGGUCAGGCAAAGAAGAAUAAGAGUAGCCUGGCAUUGUGUUAGUUAGACACAAAAAGGAGGUAUCGAAGCUUGUGUUGUGGAAGCCACAACACAGACAAACUAAGAGAGGAAGACUUAGCACCUAGUAUCAUGUACAUACUUACUCUGCUUGGUGACACUGGGUUCACCGCCAACGGAGAACUCAGAACGGCAAUGCUAGACCAAAGUGACUGGCGAGGGAUAAUCCAUGUUGUUCGAGCGAGCGUUCGACUAAACUAUUUAAAUAACUAACUAACUGACUAACUAAAGGUACGAAAAAACGGGCAACAAAAAACGCGCAACUUGUCUUGCAACAUUGCUGCAGAACAAGUUGAAUCGCGAUGUUGCGCAUUUUACCACCCACGUUCAAACCUGUUAACAACCUGAUUUGUUGCAAGACAGGUUUGAUGUGUUUGGUAAAACGCGCAACAUCGCUAUUCAACUCGUUUUGCAGCAAUGUUGCAAGACAAGUUGCCCGCUUUUCCGUACCUUAACUAACUAAUUGACUAACUCAGUAAAUAUCUCAAAUCCUCUGUUAGUGAGGGGGCUUAUUUGAGAGGUGCUGGUUAAUAAAGGAUAUACGGUAACUAACUUUCACAAAUUUAUUUUUUGUGACGUCAUCACUUCUUUUCUCCGAUCGGUUGCAACUUUUUGAGUUUGUGGAAGAAACAGUUUGGUAUGACCAUAGAUCUGCCCAUCAUUGACGAGGAUGAUCUCGAGGUUGACAAGAUAAUCAUUAAUUUAUAAACAUCCAUAAUGAUACAUACGAGUGUUAAGUGGGACUACGGUAAGAUCGAUUACAGCUACUAUUUUCGCAAACGAAAGGCUAUAAUUUUAACUUAACAUUACUAUUAUAAACGUCCCCCCACCCCCACCCCACCUACCCCUUCGAUUAAGCGCUCUCCUUCCGAUAAGCGCCCCCUCUUCUAGCCGUAAUAGGGCAUUUUAAAGUUAUGGGCUUAGUGUCCUAGCCCUUGAGCGAACGUGAGGAUGAGGUUGACCUUGUUUUGAUACAAACCUCCCUCCUUUUCUAAUGUAAAUUUUGCUUCAAAAGUACUAGUUAGCUUAAGAAUAACAUCAUUUACAUGAUAAAGCAGGAAGGAUUGUUUCAAGACAAGGUCAACUUCAGCCUCGUUUCAAGCUGUAAAUGUAAUAUGGGCUAUUUUAGAUAAGCGCCCGGGCCCUUAUUGGAGGAAAUACGGUAAUUUUUAAACCCUCCCCCUUAUUUGUAAGUUAUAGUUAAUUGUAUGUUUUCCUUUUCAGUCCGAAGAUGUGCGCUUUGAUCCUAUUAUAAUUGCCCAGUGCAUGGGAGACAUCAAUAGGCUCUGUGCCAACGCUCCUAAAGGACAAGCAAGGGUGAGAAAACCUUUUUGUCUCCGUUUAUUUGCCCUUUCUGCAUUAUGUAGUUUAGGCGAGGUUAGGCAAUAGUGAACUUACGCAAAAGGAGGACGAGGGAAAGAAGACGGCAAACCUUUUGUGGCAGCGUGACAGUACUUAUGUUUGAACAAUCUCCCGCCAAACUUCACCUUCCUUGCAAAAGAUCUCUUUGUAGGACCACAACACAUCAAGGUUAAUUAAAGAUCACGACAAAACCCGCAAAUAAUAGCCCUGUCACGUCUGUCACGCACAAACGUUUUGUUGUCCUCUUUUCUCUCCCCUCCUGUUUAGUAUGCUCACUAACACUAAUCGUAUAUGGGGCGGUCUUUGGGCAUUUGCUGGGCUCUUGAGAUUUUACAGCGCCUUCUCUGUGGUCACAUGGUUCGCAGAGUCUUGAAAAGUCUUUGAAUUUUAGGGAAGUCCUUGAAAAGUCCUUAAAUUUCUGUGCAAGUCCUUGAAAAGUCCUUGAAUUUUCUUCAAAUUUGAGUGUAGUGGCCUGGAAAGUGUUUUUUGAUGCUUUUUGUGUGGCCAAGACAGAAUAUAUAUAAUAUAUAGGUUAUUUACAAAAAAUGCUCUAUGUUUUAUGCAAUAAUUAACUAUCAAUUUUAGACAUGGGAUAGUUCACUGUUUAGGGGCUGGCUGGUCACAGUGGACAACCUCAACCAAACAGGGCACCCAUCUUUGAUGCAUUGCGAUGCAUUUGAUAAUUUUGCACUAUUGCAUGUGUAAAGAAUUUCCCUUGUUGUUAUGAAUUAUGGCAACUUAAGCCCUUGGUUUUCUGUUAAUCCAUUGAGUUCAGUGCUUGCAGCGAUGUGCACGACUGUUACUUGUGCACUGUUGAAAUGCGUAAUGAAUUUUCCUUUUUUGUGAAUAUCUGUAAGACGGCAGCACUGAAGUAAAGAUGAUUUUAAUAAUCUUUACUAGAUUACAUAGAGGAGUUCUCAACUCUCUUGUCAGAGUGUUUUAAACUUGUGGAAAGAGGAAUUUUGAGGGCAGCAUGAUUUAUUCAUUGUCCAUGACUGUUUUCACGCAGUAAGGUUGAAGUUGAAGUUGAUCAUGGCGUUUAACUCCAACACAUCCGUCUGCAUUCUCUUAGGUACUGGAGUGUCUUAGGGAUCAUAGAAGAGAGUUAUCAGGCUCUUGCAAAGACGCCUUAUUCGAGCGUGAGGUAUUUAUAACAUUUAAAAGUUUAUGAUCCUUAGCAGAGAUGAGAUUAAUUACAAAAAAAGCCGCCUUUUGGCGACGACACCCCUGGUUUCCCCGCGAAAUGACAGCAGAGGAACGGGCGCGGAAAUUCCAUACUGAUGAAGUGUCACUACCCAGAUCUGUGUAGCAUUUCUGAUUGGUCGUGCUUGGGGUAAUUUUAUUUCAAUCAAAUUGCUGUAGUUGUUGAAGCGAUGUGUACCCAGUAACUGUUUUAUCGGUGAUAUUUCCUAUAAAAUAUUUCUUAUUUCUGCACAGGAGGAAGAGAUAGAAGACCCCGAGUUAGACUACAAAUUAAGACGACCUUGCAAGAAAAUGAUCAAGGUUAGUAGAACCCUUUCAAACUUAUAGGUCCCAAGAGUGACUAACAUCAAUUUUCUCCUAACAAUAUCCAUACAUCAUCAAGAGAAAAGGUUAGGAAAAUUACUAAAAUGAUCACCAAAGGGAGAAUGUUUUAAUCUUCUGUUAAAUUCUCCCAAUUAGUACCUUAAGGAAAUGUUUGCAGGUCGUUCUGGAGAAUUUGUAUGUGGAUAUUGGUGCUUGAAAAGUUAAUACAUUACCUUAGAUCCUGAAGUAAAAACUUUUGUUAACUCCAUUUUAGCUUAUAUGUAUAUUGAGGCAGAGUUACACGCCUAGACCAAACGAGUUUUACAAAACGCACGAUUUUCAUACAAAAAUACGGGCUGUUUUGCAAUCUAACUCACACUAGGCUUUCAAUGACGUGUCAUCGUGAACUAAAAGUGGUCUAAAUUCUUCUGAAGGAGGUGUCUGUUAGUUUUGUCCGGGUUAGGGGAGGAGAGGGAAGGGGUAAGUAGGGGAAAGGUUGGUUUACCUUCCCAACAAUUCUUUCCUUUUUGUUUUCUAGAUGUUUUGCAAUGAUGUGGAACCUUCAGAAAUGUUUUCUUGCCUCAAGGAGAACAAACACAAACCAGAAUUUGAUAAAAGGUAUAGUCAUAAUGCACCUCGACAAUAUGAUGUCAGGGAUGCAAGAUUUUCCAACAGCUAUGUCCUAGGACAAGCUUUUGUGGUUUCUUUCAUUAUGUUCGCACUGAGGCAACAGGGAGUCAUAGGUAAUGGCGUCAUCUCUUUGCUAUGACAACUUCGAUGUCAUUGCAACCCGCUUCAUAACAAAGUUUCAUCUUUAUCUAAUACAAUUGUGGUGGCAAUUUUUCCAAAUCGUUGUUUCUGGCGAUGUAGUUUAUGGUCAACCUUGCGAGGUAUUGACCCUGAAAAACUGUAUCGAGCCACCUUAAACAACAACGACGGCGACGGCUACAAAAACUUCCCUUAAUUAAAAAGUGAGUUGGCGUUGCUUCAAACUUGAUUUCGCUCAUUCCACCUCGUUUACUUCGUCAAAUGUUGGCAAAUGUUUUUGGAGUUGGAUGCUAAAGGACUGCAUCAAAGUUUGGAAAAAGAUAAACAAAGUUGUUGUCUUGUGUUCGCGUCCUCUAUAAAUGGUGAAAUUAGGAAGUUUCACGUGGUAGUCGUGCAGUGACACGUGCAAAGUUGUUGUUUUGCCAUUCUAAAGGUAAUGUUACACGGGACGAUUCGCAAGGACGAUUUUUAGUGCAACAGUGUUGCAAUGCUGGAACAAUGUUCAGGGUGCAAAGAAAAUCAUUUUUACAGCUUGCCCUUCGGGCAAGCUGAAGCUAGCAUUUACUAGCCCCAGAUGUCAUUUCAACUAGCCCCAAACACUUUUUGUUCUUCUGUUAUUCAAAUUCCUCAUAAAACAUCACUUGCCCGUCGGGCAAGUUAAAAACAGAAUUCACUAGCCCGAUAGCAAAAUCCACUAGCCCCGGGCUAUCGGACAGUACUUUCUUUGCACGCUGAAUGUUGUAACCAUUCGAAACAAUGUCGCAACAAUGUUGCAACGCUGUGUUGCGCUAAAAAUCGUCGUUGUGUUGAUACGGGAGGAUGGGCUGGCUCGGUUCCCGAGGCCUCGGUUUUUCCAACCGCGAUCUCGGUAAGCGGGCUGAAACUUUUGUCCUAUGAGCACUUCAGCCCGGUUACCGGGAUGAAAGCGCGAUGAAAUCUGGGGUGGCAUCGUUUUGCCACUUAUGCCUGCUGUAUUUUUCACAUCAUAAGCAUCCCAUUUAACUACAGUGAUACAACUUUGAGAGUUACCAAAGCUAUGAUAGGCGCAAAAGUCAUAAUUCUUGUUUUUCGCCAUUUUUGCUUUAUUUCUCAAAUUUCGCGCCGGAACUCAUCCACAGGAUUAUCGGCCUUGUCAUCUCGGAAUCCGGGCUGAAAAUUCCCAUAUGAACCGAAGGCGAAAUUGUUUCCGCAAACCAGAUCAGCCCGGUCAACUAGGCUCAUGUGAAGAGGUCCUAAACCAAUUGCUUUUAUUACUGUUCUCGUUGCCGUCGCCGUCGCCGUCGCCGUCGUCGUUGCUUAAGCUCCCUAUUGAAAUGUGGUCGGAAGCAGCAGAUAAAUUUUCAUGUGUUCGCAAAUAUCAUUAGACUCGUGUAGUUCAGGAUAGCGCCUGUAUCCACUUCAUGUACUGAUACAGUUUCUUGUUUCCUUUUUUAGCUGCAGUGAUAUGAUAACUAAAAGACAAAUUAGACAAUCCCAAGGUACGUUUACUUCAAUAUAUUGCAACACCCCCCACUGCGCAUUUUCUCUUCCAUACAUUUGUUUUAGUAGUGGUAUGAAGAAUUUAUAUACAAAAGUUACACUGCGUCGUCAUCGUUUUCACGUCGUUUCUGCAGAUUUUCUAGUACUUUGUAAGGUUUGAUGUUACGCAGGAGCAAUCAAUGUUGUUUUGAGAUAAAAGGGCAAGGAGAAGCAAAAGUGAAACCAUUCAAAUACAAGACUAUUUGUUCAACCCAUCAUGAAUUUCGAUUGCUUCUACGUUAUUUGAAAGUGACUACCUUCUUUUGAAGGAAAAAAGAUAUAAAAUUUACAAGAAAUGGAGGCCUGAAUUUCGGUAGGCUGUUCGCAGUCAUUUUUUCUGUAAAAUCGUCAAGAUGUAGCGCUUACGGUUAAGAGUGGCCAUAUUGGCUUUAAAUGUACCGAGGGGCAGACCCCAGGGUUUAUAGUGGUGGGGGAGGGAGGCGCCUCCUCCGAAACCAUCCCCCACCCCUUAGUAGAUUUGAUACUCCUCCUCAUGCUAGACUUGGUACAUGUGAAACCAAGAUGGCCCCCUGUUAGGGCAGGCGCUUGAUCUCGACGAUCUUACCGGAGGGUGCGGAUGGGGUUAACUGACAACUGACAAAUGGCCCAAGUUCAACUCACAACUGACAUUUGUACCCCCCUCCCAUCCAUACCCGCUUACGGGAAAAUAGAGGACUCAAAAACAGUCUAUAAUCUCGUUAACAAGGUUGCUUUUCCACGCGCACGUAUUGAAGUACACUCUGUUAUAUUACAGACGUCAGGCUUAAUCCGCAGUUGAUGAAGUUCUGCAGGUUAGACAUUCCUAAAUUUUGCAAGGAUAUUCCUACAGGAGAGGGAAAAACCAUUGGAUGUCUCAAGAAAAACUAUGAGGUAAGGCUCCUUUGUCUGGUGAUCCAUGGUAAAAAAUGUAAUUUUGUUGCUAGAACUUGCACUUGCAUUUCAACAGCCGACAUUUCUUUUUUAAUAUUUUUUUUAUUUAAACGGUUGUGUACCCAGUAUCCUGGCCUUUCAAUGUGUGCAAUGCUGGAGAUGAACUUAUUAUUGUAUUGUUAUUGUAUUGUCAUGCUAAGAAGCCUUGUGUAGGACGCGUCUUAUUUUGGUUGUAUUAUUGGCCCUAAGGUCUUUUCAUUGUAUGCUUACUGGGGCGAGAUGCGGGAAAUAAAUCGAUGCUAUGGUAGUUUAUGGCUGAGCAACACUAAAAUCAAUCAUAAAUGAUCAAAGAAACCGCGUGGGUUAUGGGUAAAGUGCUAUCCCAACAUUCCAAGUGUGUUCGACUAGCCGGUAACUACAGAAAAAAAUAAUUUGUCUGUGUAUUGGCUGGUAUAAGAAACAUUCGAUGAACAUAGUUACUGUUUGAUUCAUUAUAGCGCUUGUCUGAAGAGUGUCAAGAAUAUACUAAACGACUCAUUCGUCAAGCUGCAAAAGACUUCAGACUGGAUACAAGACUUGUAGAGGAGUGCGAAGGAGAGGUGUGUAACUAGCCUUUAACAAAUGGUAAACGACUUUGUGUGUACUUUUAUGUGAUAGAUAGUGAUUAGCUACCUGUUGUUGCGAACAAUGGCGUGAGCUUCGUCAAGAAAUCGUUGUGGUGAUCAUAAGUUAAUGGAUGGGGGUAUAUGUCAUGGUUUAAUUUCAUCUUUGGUGUAAAUUUUAUUUUUCUUUGUUUCUGGAUCUGGAAAUAUAUGAUAUUGAGUUCAAAGGAAACUACAGUAUUUUCACUAAAGGGAACAUUUGAUGAGCCUGAUUGACACUGAUUUUACUGUGAAAAUUUGGGGGAAGAUUUUUGUCUGCUUGUAGAAAAUUAAAAUCUUAAAUUACACCUAUUUUUAACUUGUGAUAGAGGGAGAUCACACCUGUUCAAUUGUGUGAAGGGAGGUGUGAUAAUACACCACAAGACUUAAGUGCUGGGUACUGUCUGUGUACGAUAAUUCUCACCACCCCAUCAGAAACCAACUGUCUUGACGACGUCAAACCAUUUUCAGUUACAAUUCGCGGUCAAUGCGAUAAGUGCAUCGCCGCGUUCCAGCUCUCACAUAAGUGGGCUUGCGCAAGAGGGCGGCAGAACGUUUGUAUGUGUCAGUCGGUUUUGCUUGGGUGUUUUGUCGUGAUCUUCUCUUAACAUUACCGUGUUCUGUCUUCGGUACAAAAUGAUGUGCGUUUAAAGGAAGCUAAAGUUUAACGGAAAAUCUUUUUAAACGUAAUUAUUGUCAGGCUUGUCACGCAAGGUUCGCCGUCUUUUUUGCUCAGCCAUCUUAUUGGGCAAGUGUACUUUAAACGGAUAGAAUGGCUUCAUCGAUGCAGGCACUUUGUCUGUCUUUGAUGUAGUUACGCUUUUGCAUUGCAUCACGUGUUACAUUACAGUAAAUUUUUUCCCGGCCAGAUCAAAAAGUUUUGUGCUGGUUCGCCACCGUCUGCAGUAGAAGAAUGUCUGAAGUCGCAUUUAGGAUCAGUGACAAGGAAGAAUUGUCGAGUGGUAAGUCUCGCUUUAGGACGUAGCCAGUAUAAGAUCAAUCGAUCCAUUUGUAUCGAUCGCACUAAGUCUUGAAUUAUUGAGAAAGUCGUGAAAUUUGUAAACUAGUUUUCCCGACUUGGUCUAAGUCUAGAAAAUAAAGAUUGCCAAGUCAGGAAAAAUGGAAAUUUGUAAACAAGUUUCAAGGCCAAGGUCUGAAAUUUCCCUGUAAUGACCAAACGGACGAGGUUAAUAAGUUAUUUACAGUCGAACCUCUCUAAUAAAGCGUUUUCACUCACGUGGCCUUCAUCCAUGCAAAUUUAUCGAACAAAACUGAGAAAGUUUUUACAAAACAAGAGUCCAACUCCCACAGGAUUAGUUUGGAACACCAACAUGGCCGCCGUUUCGUUGUUUUGGGACACCAAUAUGGCCGCCGUGACGUCAUGUGAAAACACUCUAUACGGACAUCGAAGGGACAGAGCGAAGUGUCCGUAUUAGAGAGGUACGGUUAGUACAGUUAGUACAGUUUUUUCGAUUACUGCAUUUGCAAUUAUAAAUGUAAGUUUUGACAUGUUUUGGUACUGGUAUCGCUGACUGAUUAAAGUGUAAAUUUUGGUGUAACCGCCGACAGGAGAUGGUACGUACCGCAAAUUAUCGACACCUGGUCCCCGGAGUGUCCAUAAUAAAGAGGUUAAGUUUUUAUGAAUUUGCUCCCGAGGGCAGAGAUUUUGUGUCCGUUGUCCGUGUUAGAGAGGGUCCGUAUUAUAGAGGUUUUUUUAAGAGGAAAUGUGUGAGAAUUUUGUCGGUACAGAGGAAACUGUCCACAUUGGAGAGGUGUCCAUAUCGAGAGGUUCGAGUGUGUUAUAUGGCUUUUUCAUUAUGGGCCUGAGCCCUCGAUCAAUUAAUAACAACAUAUGGCCAGCGGAUAGCUUUUAAAAAACACUUCAUCUUAAUAAGUUGUGAUUUUGAGCCCGCGAUACAGUCAUUUGACACUAGUCAGCGGAUGCCCUUAAUGGAUGUCCACUAUCAAGUGAAACAGAUUGUGGCUUGGACACUUAGGUAGUAAUGCCCAGUCAUUACAGAACAUAAUGCACGGUCAUUACAAGAAGGCAGCCAAUCAGAGCGCGCGUACUAUGGUAGCCAUAUGAUAAACUGUGGUUAUAUUACUGUACGUUUGCAGUGCAUCAUAAGAAAAGUUUGGUUCCUGUGUGUGCCAAGUUUUCUAUCGGUCGCUUAUUUGAUGACACCAAAUCACGUGAUAAAAAUAUUAAAUACCCAAACCUCAACACAAUUUCUAACCUGUUAGAGUUUUUGCAACGCCAAAAAAUACGUAAUGAUAAUUUCGGCUUUUAGUUCCCGAACCCCGGCAUGAAACUCGCAAGGCACAAUUUAAAGUUUUUUUGGUAGAUUUCCAGUGAAGGGUGCAUUAAUUAAUCAUGUUCUUCAGCGCCUAUUUUCGAGUAGAAGGUGGGUACUGCUCGUUUACCCGCUGCAUACCUGUAUGGAACAGUCUCCCAUCUGACGCUGUUAAUGCUCAAUGAUCACUGUCUGUGCAGUCAAACCACGUUAAUAUGGACACUGAGAGACCAUAGAAAGUGUCCGUAGUAACGGGGUGUCCGUAUAAAGCGGGUUGAAUUUAGGAAGAAUGUAAGGGAUUUCUUUCCCCCAGGGACAAAGAAAACUGUCCGAAAUAACGAUGUGUCCGUAUUACGCGGGUGUCCGUAAAGCAUGGUUUGACUGUAAUCCAGAAUGUGGGCUGGCAAUGUGUAACCUACGUGGCUUUUGCUUCGUCCCCUACCCCCACCCCCAGCGUUUGUCUCUUUUGACGCCUGCCACGCGAGUUAGCAACGUGUUUCUUUGGGAAAUUUUCGGCUAACAUCGUAGGAGCGUAACUCCUGUUUACCUCUAAAGAGGAUUAUUGUCCUGGAGCCAAAUUUUUGUUCUGAUUAUUUUGUAGGAAAUAGUUCGUCAAAUGAGAGAGGGUCGCACAGACAUCCAGGCGGACCCUGUGCUAUAUAAGGCAUGUGCUAAUGAUAUCAAACGGCACUGUUCAGAUAUCCCUUUUGGAAAAGGAAAAGGUAAAAAUAAGUAGGAUUACAAACAGACUUAGGGCCUUUUUACAUGGAGGUGAUCAUUAUUGUAAACGUGAUCAAAUUAAAAUGAGAGAUAAUAUGGACGGGCGGGUUACCUCACCUACCUGGGGUCCCCCACCUCCAAGUAAACAGGCCAUCAAAGGGCUAUACCACGCUCUUUGCUAUCUUUUUCAAAAUAUCAAAGGUAUCUUCGCAUCAAUUGAAUUCGGAAACUUAUGGUCAAGUUUCAAAGCGGCCCGAUUCAAAGUUCAUUUUCUUUGUGUGAAAAGCUUAAAACUGUAGAAACCCUACGAAAGCACCAACGCCAUGAUUUCGUUAAGGGUGCCAGGAUGCGGCCAUUUGAGUGCCCGGUUUAUGUCAUUUAGUUUAUUUUUACACGUCUAUUCUUUCCGUUGUAAUUUACUUUGCCUCUGACGACUCUGGGAGACGACUUUCACUGCUCAUGUUUUUCUACUUUUCUUUUUGUUUAUGCAGUAAUGAAGUGUCUUCUAGAAGCUCAUGACUCGAACCCAGCUCGCUUUGAUAGAGAAUGUCUGAUUCAUUUGUCAUCUCGGUUGAAAAUGUGGGAAUUGGCUGCAAAGGUAGGAAUAAGUUUAUUUACCAUCUGCGGUUUUAACCUUUUUGAAGAAAGUUUAAUGGUAAAAACGAGUUUUACUAUGCUUAAGGAAGUUUGAAUGUAGUGAAAGUUGAAAUGGGUAUUUAAGGAGGUAGGGGAGCGUUGCGCGACGACUCUAAAAACGGCUGUCUAGCAGGCUCUUGAGAAGGCGAAGCGGAGAUAAUGCGAAGGAAAGUGAACAACCGUCGCGCUCGCACUCUUCAACCAGACCCCCUCCCCCGCUUGUCCAAUAUUUCCGCUUCCUAUUGCUUUCUACAGAAGAGGCGGUACUUCGUUUGGUUGGAUCAUUCGUUGUUCCUUUGUAGUGUCUCAAGGGUCUGUUCUCAGGCUUUUAAAUUUUUCAAAUUAUCUGUGAUAGCGAGUAUCAAUUUCGUUUCUCAUUUUCUGAUACCUUUGAAGGUGGAAAUCUCUCUACCCCUUUAUUGUCUUUACGCCUGUUUUCCUCUUUCACGGACACUUGUUUUUUUUUUCCUCUUGCUGUGAUAGCACAGCGGUAAACGUCUCUUAAAUCUUUGAAACCAUCUGUGAUCGCGUCUUUCUCUCACUUCUGAGGGUCUAAAAGGGGCCAAGUUACUUGAAAAUACAGGCGCUUUGUCAUUUAAAGUUUAGCGUAUCAGGGCGCUUCGUAACUCGUUUACUGCCUUUUCUUAACCGUUUCUUCUGUUCUUCUUCUCUUUUUCUUUUUUUGUUUUGUUUUGUUUUGUUUUGUUUUGUUUUUGGUGGAUCGUUCCCGUGUUUUCAGAGAGUUAUUAAUAUUAAAAGAACACGCAUAGAAUGCUGGUAGCAAGUCAUUUUAUUCAAGAACACAAAAAAGCUCCACCUCCGCCCAGAUUGGCGUAAAUGACAUCCUGGGCUGUCACGCAACUAAUGAUAAAUUUGCUUUCUUGUUUCAUAGAUUCUACCACCAGAAACUCUUGGCGAUCUUGCCUUAGCCAUAUCAUCAUCGCCUUCUAAGAACUACUUCUUCAUUAUUUUCGCGACGUGCUUGGCGCUUAUUUUCGUUGGCGGCCUGGUGUUCGGUCGACUAUCCAAGCGAAUUAAGAGAGAGAUUAAAGACCGUUGA